AUGCUUCCCUUAAAUGUCCAGCGCGCGCGGUCCUACGGUAUUGGUUCCCCUUACCAAUCCAUCGAGGAUCUCCUGAUGCCGGACCCCGCCAACGCCUCGAACCGCAUUCUGAACCACAGCAAAACCACCAUUUCCCUCUCCAACUUCACCACCGCGAUUUUUAACAUUCAGAAGUACCAAACCUCCAUCGGGUUGGAAUCGGGGGGCUGGGGGUACGACCUGGGGCUUUUGAACUCCUUGUGGAUGCCGACGUUGAUGUGGUUGGGGAUUCUUCUGGGGAUUCGCUAUCUUUGCCGGGAGCCGUUCGCGCGGUUCGGGAUUUACGCCGGGGUUAUCACCGAAAACGAAAAAACCCACCAGCGGCGUUUGGCGGAGGGCAAACGCGGAACCGCGGCGUUGUCCGCUCGAAAUCAAAAACGGCUCUACAAAUUUCAAAAUCAGAUUUGGCUCGGGGCCUUUUACACCGCGUCCUCGAUCUUCGGCUACCUCGCCCAGCGGGAUAAACCGUGGUUUACCUUCCCGAUAAACGCCGAGAGCGGGGUCCACUUUUUGAUCCAGCACCCCUACAAUCCCCCACGCGAGAUCGUACUUUACUACUAUUAUAGUUUGGCCUUUUAUGCCUCCGAGCUCUUCUCGAUUAUCUUUUUUGAGAAAAAUAUCCGGCGAUCCGACUUUGUCGAGUAUUUUAUUCAUCAUAUCUUCACCAUGGCGUUGAUUGGGGGUUCAUUUAUAGGCUGGGAGCACCGGUUUGGGGCUUAUGUGAUUUUUAUACACGAUAUCUCCGACAUCAUGCUUUGCUUCUCCAAGAGUUUUCACUACAUCGUCGAGGAGGAACAGCGGCGAAUAAGUCGGGCCGCGCGAAAACAUCAGCCAUACCGCUCUUCACGGUUAUACACGAUGGUGGGGGAUAAAUCCGAGAAAUUCUGCUUUUUUUUGUUCGUGGUGGGCUUUGUGUAUUUUCGUUUAUAUUGCCUCCCGAUGCUGGGUCGGUCUUCCUUAGGCAUGACACUCCAUAUGCGCUACGGAAACUUCAACCUGUGGGUCCUUGUGCUGCUUCUUAAUGUAUUACUUCAGCUUCUUCAUGUAUAUUGGACCAGCCUCAUUAUUAAGAUGAUUAUCGCCUUUCUGAGAGAUCGCGAGACCGCGGAUAUUCGCUCGGAGCCGGAUGAAUCCUCCGGUGAGGACGAGUACAUCCCGUGGGAUGUGUCUCCUGGCUCCAACAAUAAGGCGAACAAUUUGAUACGCAACUCUCGGAAGAAAAUGUAA